AUGCCCUCCACCGCCAUGUCCAAUACGCCCACCAACAUACCUAUGCCAACAACAUCACCUAUGCCAACAAUUUUACCUAUGCCACCUAUGCCUCAUGCCACCACGAUGUCUGUCCUUUCUGAUGAUGAUGACGCUAUGGAUAUAUGCGAAGAGCAUUCUAUGAAAAGAACUAUGCCUAUGCCAGAGUCACCAGCUGCCAAAAGACAAAGGCCAACCAUGAGAACACCACCUGUCGAUAUUGUUUUUGGAAAGGCUUUGUAUCGAAGCCUCAAUCAGGGCAUGGUGGCUCGUUUGGAUGGUUUUCGCGCUGCUUUUCCUUUGAACGAACAAGCACCCACCCUUGUUUUACGUUAUUACGUAUCUGACCUUUGGUCCAUGUUGCAGUCCAGCAGCUACGGUCAGGUUCGGGUAAAGAUCCAAAAUGUUCAGGUUGAUACCGGCUUCCAGUACUUUUGCUUGGUCUUUCCUGUUCCUGACGACCAACGUUUGGCAUUGGCUCAUGCCAUAGUGGAUGGCAGAGUCCAAAAUCCAUUCAAAAAGGUUGGUAUCUGGCGGGCAUAUGUGUAUUAUAGGGCCAACGUGAUGAUGGAUGGCCGAGCCCACUACACAUUACUACGGAUAGCUGGCUGUUUAAGCUGUAAAGCAGCUCGUUGGAACUGCUGA